GUGAUCAGUGAAAAAUAUCUCCAACCGUCCAAGGCUGUCGUUCUUCUCUCUCUCUCUCUCUCUCUUCACCUUUACACAUUAUGUCUGCACUGACGCCUCUCAUUUCGCUCCUGUCCAGCUCGGCGUUGGUUUAAUCUCGGAAAUAUGGAUUGACUUUGAUUUCACUCGGUCGCCUGUUGAAGUUUUAAAGCGCAUUCCUCGGGCUGGUCGUGCCUCUGCUCAGCGAGCUUCAUGUUUCCCUCGGCAACUUUCGGAAGUAACUCAUUCCGGAUGUGUUCACACUGUUGAACUGAUCCCUGCGCGCGAUCAGACGGAUUUUAAAUACGGAUUGAGUUCGAGGCUUUUCACACUACUAUUAUUUGUGUUUAAAGUGAUGGCGGAGCGGGGAGCCCGGCUGCUCCUCUCUCUUUUCUGCCUCACGAUCACAGUUUCACAUGCUGAAAAAGGAUCAGCAGUGAGGAACUUCAGCCCAUUCUGGUUCUCCACGGAGCCGUCGGAUACGCUGGCAGUGCGAGGAGCGCCGACGCUGCUCAACUGCUCAGUCCACAGCGAGUCUCCUGCCAAGAUCGAAUGGAAGAAAGAUGGCUCUUUCCUCAGCCUGGCCUCGGACGAUCGCAGGCAGGUCUUGGCCGAGGGUUCUCUGCUCAUCAGCUCAGUGGUCCACUCGAAACACAAUAAACCUGAUGAGGGGGUUUACCAGUGCGUGGCCACUAUAGACAACCUGGGCACCAUCAUAAGUCAUACAGCUAGACUCAGUGUUGCAGGGAUACCACGGUACCUCAGUCAGCCGGAAGCCGCGUUUGUGCGGGUGGGUGACAGUCAUGUGCUGAACUGUGAGGUGAAUCCAGACCUGGUGUCUUUCAUCCGUUGGGAACAAAACAAAGAGCCGGUUGAGCUGGACCAGAGAGUCUUCACGCUGCCCAGUGGUGCUCUCGUCAUCAGUAACGCCACAGAGGCAGACGCAGGCCUGUACCGCUGCGUGAUCGACAACGCUGGGCCCACCAAGACCAGUGAGGAAGCAGAAAUACAGAUACUGCCUGAAUCAGGGGAGGAAAGGACACUAGAGUUUCUCCUGGAGCCUCAGCAUGUGUCUAAAGCCAUUGGGGAGAGUGUGCUGCUCCCCUGUGUGGUGACGGGACAUCCCACAGCCUACAUCACAUGGACGCACAAAGACCAGCUCAUUGAGUACAGCAAGGGCCGCUUUGAAGUGCUUGGAGGAGGCAGCCUGCGGAUCUUCAAUCUCACUGAGGAAGACGCCGGUGUGUAUAGCUGCAUGGCAGACAACACCAAUGGAUCCAUUGAGGCCCAGACUGAGCUCACACUGAAGGCUUCCCCACAGUUCCUGAUGAAACCAGCUAGCAUAUAUGCUCAUGAAGCCUCAGACAUCAUCUUCGAGUGCGAGGUCGCCGGCUCACCCGCUCCCACCAUCAAAUGGGUGAAGAACGGGGAUGCCGUCAUUCCCAGCGACUAUUUCAAGAUCAUUAAGGAGCAGAACUUGCAGGUGCUGGGGCUGGUCAAGUCAGAUGAAGGUUUCUAUCAGUGUUUAGCUGAGAAUGAUGCUGGCAAUGUCCAGGCAGGUGCUCAGCUCAUCAUAUUGGAUCAAGGCUCCAGAGGCGGCGCUGGUCCCACGCCCUCCGCCCCCCGUGACGUUGUGGCAUCCCUGGUCUCCACCCGCUUCAUCAAGCUGACCUGGCGCCUUCCUGCUGAACCGCAUGGAGAUGAUGUCACCUACUCGGUCUACUACAGCCUGGAGGGCAAUAACAGGGAGAGGAUAGUGAACACCAGUCGUCCAGGAGAAAUGCAAGUCACCAUUCAGAACCUCAUGCCAGACACCAAGUACUCCUUCCGCGUGGUGGCCCACAACAGAAACGGCCCUGGAGAGAGCUCAGCGCCCCUGAGGGUCGCCACCCAGCCCGAAGUCCAGGUACCUGGUCCUGCUCCAAACCUACAGGCAGUGGUCACAUCCCCCACCACAGUGAGUCUCAGAUGGGACGUGCCCCUCAUAGGCAAUGGCGAGAUCCAGAACUACAAAAUUUACUACAUGGAGAAGGGCAUGGACAGUGAGCAGGAUCUGGAGGUGAACACACUGUCCUACAGCAUGACUGGACUGAAGAAGUUCACAGAGUACAGUUUCAGAGUGGUGGCCUAUAACAAACAUGGACCUGGAGUGUCCACUGAGGACAUAUCUGUGCGCACAUACUCUGAUGUCCCCAGUGCUCCGCCACAGAACAUGACGGUUGAUGUGCUGAACUCGAAGAGCAUCAUGGUCAGAUGGCAGCCUCCUCCAGCAGAUGCCCAGAAUGGUGAGAUCACCGGCUAUAAGAUCCGCUACAGGAAGGGUACGAGGAAGAGCGAGGCGGCCGAGAUCACAUCAGGAUCACAGCUUUAUCAGCUCAUAGAUGGUCUGCAGCGAGGCACUGAAUAUAUGUUGCGAGUGUCGGCCAUGACGGUCAACGGCACGGGUCCGGCCACAGACUGGGCCACUGCUGAGACGUUUGAGAGCGAUCUGGAUGAGACAACUGUGCCAGAUGUCCCAAGCUCCUUGCAUGUGCGGCCACUUGUGAACAGCAUUGUAGUGAGCUGGACGCCCCCGGAGAACCAGGACAUUGUGGUGAGGGGUUACUCCAUCGGCUAUGGGAUCGGCAGCCCUCACGCCAAGACCAUUAAAGUGGACUACAAACAGAGAUACUACACCAUUGAGAACUUGAAUCCCAGCUCGCACUACGUUAUCACACUGAAGGCCUACAACAACGUGGGGGAGGGAAUCCCUGUGUACGAGAGCGCUAUCACACGACCCCAAUCAGACCCCAUAGACCCUGAUGUUGAUUUAUACGAACUUUUCCAUGCUCCAUACACUCCAGUACCAGACCCUUUACCCAUGCUGCCUCCAGUGGGCGUUCAGGCGUCCGUUCUGAGCCACGACACAAUCAAAGUCACCUGGGCGGACAACUCGCUACCCAAGAACCAGAAGAUCACAGAUGCACGUUACUACACCGUGCGCUGGAAGACCAACAUACCUGCAAACACAAAGUUCAAGGUGGCUAAUACCACCACACUAACUCACACAGUGACGGGUCUUAAACCCAACACCUUGUACGAGUUCUCGGUCAUGGUGACCAAGGGCCGGAGGACCAGCACCUGGAGCAUGACUGCACAUGGAACAACAUUUGAAACAAUCCCAAGUUCUGCUCCUAAAGAUGUGACUGUGGUGAGUAAAGAGGGACGACCACGAACCAUCAUCGUCAACUGGCAGCCACCCUCAGAAGCCAAUGGCAAGAUCACAGGUUACAUCAUUUACUACAGCACUGAUGUGAAUGCAGAGGUUCAUGACUGGGUCAUUGAGCCAGUAGUGGGGAACAGGCUAACCCAUCAGAUUCAAGAGCUGACCCUUGAUACCGCCUACUACUUCAAGAUCCAGGCGCGUAACUCUAAAGGGAUGGGUCCCAUGUCUGAUGCUGUCCAGUUCCGCACUCCUAAAGCCGAAUCCUCUGACAAAAUGGCUAAUGACCAAGCUCCAGGUAUAUUGGUGAAACCAGGAAGACCCUCUGUACAAGAAUUUGGAUCAGUUGGGAAAGCAGAUGUGUCUGGCACUGGUGAUAACCACAUUCUGGUUAUUGUCAUAAUUGUGUCUGUGGGUGCAUUUACCAUCAUCCUGGUGGUGGUUGGCGCCUUCCUGUGUACACGCCGUACCACAACACAGCAGAAAAAGAAACGAGCAGCCUGCAAGUCUGCCAAUGGAUCCCACAAGUAUAAAGGCAAUUCCAAAGAUCUGAAGCCACCAGACCUCUGGAUCCACCACGAACGUUUGGAGCUAAAACCUAUCGACAAAUCACCUGAACCCAAUCCAGUCAUGACCGACACGCCAAUCCCCAGAACCUCCCAGGACAUCUCCCCAGUGGACGGCUCCAUGGAUCCUAUGCUCCAGAGACGUAACUCUUACCGUGGCCAUGAAUCAGAGGACAGCAUGUCUACACUGGCUGGCCGUCGGGGAAUGAGACCUAAAAUGAUGAUGCCCUUUGAUGCACAACCCCCUCAGCCUGUGAUUAGUGCUCACCCCAUCCAUUCCCUCGAUAACCAUCACCAUCAUUAUCACUUGGGUAACCUGGCCUCGCCAACACGCAGCUAUCUCCACCACCAGAGCAGCACACGGUCCAUCGCCACCCCCAUCUCUCAUCUAGACAGGGCAGAGUCCACAGAGUCAGUAAGGAACACCCCUAGUGUUGACUUGCACCCUCCAUCUGGGCAGCCCUCCUGCACCACUGACCUUUCAGAGACAGACAUUAGCUACCACAGUUCAGCCGCUGAGGAGGAGCCAGCAUUCAGUACACCCACAGCACACGUUCGUCCCACACACCCACUCAAGAGUUUUGCAGUGCCUGCCAUCCCAGCUCACCCCAUGUAUGACUCAGCAGCAUUACCCAGCACUCCACUGCUGUCUCAGACAGGGCCUCACUCAGUUAAAACAGCCUCUAUUGGUACGUUGGGAAGGACGAGAACUCCUAUGCCUGUCAUAGUUCCAAGUGCACCGGAUGUCUCGGAAAAUAGCAGACUGCAUGAAGAUGCAGGGAGCUACCACUGACCAUCCCCUCAUAAACCCAAUUCCCCAAACCCCAGCUCACCCUAACCCCACCCCCCGCUGUAACCUUCUUCAUCUCCCUCAGAAUUACGAGACUGACGAGUUGACGGAGGAAAUGGCCCAUCUGGAGGGGUUAAUGAAGGACCUAAACGCCAUCACGACAGCCUGAGCACAAUCCUCACAAUAACACUAGACCUCACCUGCCACGGGGAGGACUUACAGCAUGGAGGAGUUCUCAAUCAUUCGCUAAACGGAGAGAGAAGAGAGUGAGAAAACACUAAUGUUUGGCAUACCUUGCUUACUCUCAGGAAGGAGAAACCCAUCAAAUGAGGACAGUGGACAUUCUGAGAAAUUGACGUGGUUACUUCAACCAGAUGAUUGCGAUUUUUCUCUCAGCAUCCUAAAACGUUUCCUUAUGUUUCAGCAGAGACCGUUUGAAAAGACCAUUUUAUUAUCCUACGAAAAAAGGAAAACUACAUUACGCUGGUGUACGUGUUGGUGCUUGUAAGGCACAAUUUACAGUGUUUCAUUUGUGUCUUUUCUUUGUAUGUUUUUGUAUCUAUAUAUAUAUUGACCCAUUCAUCAUCAUCCUUUUGUCCUUUUUAUUUCUGCAACUCAUUUUGUAUUAAGCAUUUUGAUUGAGGUCUCUUUCUCUUUUGUAUGUCAUAUAAUGUGCCAUGUCUUAUUUUCUUAAACAUGUUUUGUAUUGUUUUAUAUGCAAAUACACUUAUCUGUUUGUAUAUAUGUUUAAAAUGGACUCAUUUCAUCACCACAGCAAUGUUUCCGUUUAGUCAGAGACAUGCUGCUUUUUCAUUUGCCAUUAGAAUGGAUUUUUGCAGUCUGCAACGUCCCCCUUCUACAUUAUGCCUGUUUUAAAAUGGGAGUUCCCGUCAGAUAUGCCUUAUUGAAUUUGUGUGGAAUGGCAGAAAUCAGUGCAACUGGGAAAUAUUUUCAAAAUGUUUAUCACACAGCACUGUGAUAUUUAUUGUGUAAUGCUGGACUGUUACUGGUCACUGAUACGAGAACGUAGACCUCCAUCACGCAUGCUGUCAGACAUGGUGCUGAAACAAAAAACUUCAGGUUGUACACAUGUAAUUGCUAACUGAACAAAUUUGGUACAUUGGAAAGUGCUUUAUAUGGUUUAUUUCCUCUUGCUGCAUUGGUAUCUUACACAAACUCAAUGAAUGAAUGACAACAUUCACUGUGAGAUUUUACAGACCACAUGCUUGGCACUUAAUGCAAAAAAGUGCAAAUGCAACACACUUUUAUACUGAACUCCCAGUGCUCACCUUUCAUUUUCCAUUAAUUUCUUGUAUUCGUUUCAUAUGAAGUACUUGUAUAGAAUUUCAAUGUGCAAGGCAAAAAAAAAAACUAUUCCUCCCCUGCUGGAUAUGGUUUUGAUCUGUACUUUUACCCAAAGAAAAUAUGUAACAGCAAUCAUAAUUUUGUUUUAUGAAUUGAAUGUCUCAAACAUAUUCUUGAAUGUCAUUCUGACUGUAAGAAAUUCUGGGUAACUAUAGGAACAUGUUAAAAAGCUUGGUUAAAAAACAAAAAUCCUAUUUGGGAUGAACCUAUCAAGUUGUAGACCGUCAAACCUUUAUUGCACUUUUUCAACAAUUUCAAGAAAAGAAAAAAAGAAAAACAUUUUUACAUAUCCUGUGUUUUGAAUAUAAAGCUCUAUUUGUGUAAUGUAGUGUCAUAAUUUAGCAUAGGCAGCUGGUCUUAUUUGUUCUUUUGCCUCUGAAAUCAUAUUUGAGCGGCAGGUUUUACUGUGUUGCAUAUGCAGAAUUCUGUUGUUGCUUAUUUCUGUACAAAGAUCUUCUUGCUGUCCCUAGAAAUACUCUGUGGCUUUUAAAAAAUAAUUACUAAAAACACUGCCGUUGG